CCGCUCGUGUCCCUACCCCGUUCCUCGCCGCGCUCUUUGGGUGCGUAUCCGAGGGUUCCGUUAGUUGCUCCCCGGUUGUAUGCUCUCCACUAUGCGGCGGACCUUCUCGACCGAUAUGGCAAGGCUCUUCGCCGUUGAUCCCGCUACCUCCCGGUCCUAUCGUGCUCUCCGGUUUGGGCGAUGCUCUACAAACCUCACCUCGAAAAAUGGGUGAGAUAGAAGGGCAAUCCUUUAUCCCGAGAUUGGCAAGGGAAUUAUAUCAUUCUGUCGUCGGCUUUCUACUUCGCAUCCCCCGGCUUUCGCACCGCUCGCCAAGCCUCUCUCGUCGCUCUCCCUUUGUUCUCAAGCCCGGGUGCGUCCCUCUCUCUAGGUGGUCGCUUUGGUUCCGUCUUCUCCCUCCGUCAAUCUCAUCUCGCCAACUUCACCUCGGCAAGCUUACUAUGCUCGUUCGGUCCCCUCCCCUCGGUUCUGCCGCACUAUCAUGCCGGAUUGUAGCUACUUCACUUGCUAGGCCCCGACCCUAUUAUGUCGUCGCUCGAGGAUCCGCCUAUUCCCGCUUCGGUCACGUCCGUCGGCUCCGGCUGGGGCCGUCAUUCUCGGCUGACUAA